GCUACAACGGUUGGACAAAAUGGCAUUGCAUUUCCAAAAAGUAGUUGAAGCACUAUCGUAAACAUAACCAAUAAUCUACUAAUUUGUUUUAUUAUUUUGAGUUUUAGUUGAUAUUGUUUUAAGAAUACAUGACAUCGAUAUGGAAAAACAGGAGAAGAAGACUAUUUCAUUCGGCUUCAGUAAACUUCAGAAGGCUCCAGUAAUAGGGAACAAACUACCGACUAAAAGUGAUGAUGUAGUUCAGUUUAUUGACUGUUUAGAAAACAAAUCAAUUAAAGUGAAAAAUGAAGAGCCCAAGAAAGGUUUGCUAGUUAUACCGCUUAAUAGACCGGAUAGUCAUAGUAUAGUGCAAAGUAGAAUAGUUCGCAGGCAACUCAAAGCAACUGAAACAGAAACAAAUGAUGCCAGUGUUAGUGGAAACUCUUGUGAUGACUUAUCAAAGACUCAAACAUCUACAUCCAAAGAUGCUGCUAAUACGGUGGAAAGUGCACCAGAAAAUUUGGACCAGUUAGCUGCUAAAGAAAUUCUAGAAGAUUUGAAAAAAGCAGAGGAAAAGAAGGAUGAGAAAUCUACAUUUAGUGUUCCAUUAGCAAGUGCUCCAGUUAGUGAGAAAGAAUCAACUCUUGACGACUAUGAUAAUAUUCCUAUUGCUGAAUUUGGUAUGGCUAUGCUUAGGGGUAUGGGUUGGAAACCUGGCAAGGGUAUAGGAAAGAACGAGCAGUUAGUUACAGCUAAACCACCAGUUUUGAGACCUAAAGGACUUGGGUUGGGUGCUGAUAAAGUGAUUCAACCAGAGAAAACGUCAGAAAGUAAAGAAGAGACUCUUAAAUUGGUAAAAGGCAGUUACAUUCGAAUAAUAGCUGGAUCUCAUAAGGAUCUUUUUGGUGAGAUAAUGGGAUUUGAUGAGGAGACGGGACGACUAAUUGCGAAAAUGGCCAUAUCUGGUUCAGUACUGACGUUCAAUGAAUUCAUGGUGAAAGCGGUAAGUAAAGAUGAAUACAUAAAAAAUUCAAAAGUUUUGAAUGUAAAAAAAUAUGAAGAAUUCAAAGAAAAAGAAAACGCUGGUGAAAAUCCGAAAGACAUUAUUGAAUCAAUGAAGAAUAAAGCAUCAAAAUCUGAUGCAAAUGUUGGUUCUUCACGUCAUGGUUCAGAUAAAACGAACAGGGGCAAGUCUGAUGAGAAGGAUUAUUCACGCUAUGAUAGAAGGGACAGAUAUAAGGAAUCUAGAAAUCGCAGUGAUAGGCGAAGAUCAAAUUCUUACUCAGAUAAUGAAACAACGUCAAGAAAAUCGCAGGUGAAAGAUAAAAGGUAUGAAAGGAGGAGGCAUUCGUCUGAAUCAGAUGUGGAUAAUGAUACCAGAACACAGAAAUAUAGUAAAUCAGAUAGAUCAAAUAUUGAAAUUAGGAAACAUAAUUGGAAGGCAAAAGAAAAGAACAGAUCAGAUUCGUCGUCAGAGGAUAGUGAACGUGAAAAACGAAGAAAUAGGAGAGGGAAACAAUCAAGCUCUGUAUCAGAUGAUGACAACGAACGCUCAAAGAAGAGGAAACACAAGAAUCCACAUCAUUCUUCCGAAGGAAAACGAAAGAAGACGUCUAGGGAUUCUGCAUCAUCUUCAGAGGAGGAUGAAGAGGAAGAAAACUAUCGCCGAAGGAAGAAGAACGACAAAGAAGUGGUGAGAAAAUCUUCCAAGGACUACAAGUCUCGUCGUGAUGGUAGUAGAUAUUCUAAAGAUAGGAAGAAAAGUAGCAAAAAGUAUUCAAGUAGCAGCAGCUCAUCAUCUUCAGAGGGAGAAAAUAUUAGGAGUUCCAAGAAAAGUAAGAAACGACACAAGAAAAAGCACCAUAGAUCAAGAUCUAGCAGCUGAAAUUCGUUCAAAUCUGCUUCAAUCCAGAAGUCAUCUUGAAUUGUACUGAUUAGGCUGUGUACAUUAUCUGACUGAUUAUCUGUAAGUGGCAUUAUUACAUUUACUACCUACAUUACCUCCAAUACUCAAUUUUUACUCAUAUAUUCACAAUUAUUUAUUACCGUACGUAUAUUGACUUACCUUACCUCAAUUACACAACUGACAUUUUUCUUCCACAUUUUAUUUAUUCAUGUAUAUCUAUCUACCAACUAUUACUUAGUUUCCAUCAAAUAAAUAAACUAACUUAUACAACAAUAUUAUCAUUACUUUUCCGUUCAAUGAAUUAGGAUAUCAAUCUUGUUGAGGUCAUUUCUCAUUUUGUGAAUCUGUUUACAAACUUGAAUAAACGGAAAUCAAACUUCACAACAAAGUCUUACUAUCUAGCAACUAAUUACUUUAAUCAAUUGAAGAUAUCUGUGAUUCCGUUUUAAUACAGUUGAAUAAUGAGUCAAGUUCAUUUUUGACAGUGGUCUAGUAUAGGCCUAUCGUGCUAUCAAUAUCAGAUCAGUUUUUCCAUAAUUAAAACAUACAGUACAUACUUGAAAUAUUAGUCUUGUGAUUCCAAAAAGAAAUUCGAAUUGAGUUAGACCACCCAAAUAUGAUGGAUGAUAUGUUGAUGCUGUUCAUAACUGCAAUGUCACACAUUCAGAUUUUGAGUUUGUCUCCUUCUUAAUAAAAAUAUAAUCUUUUAUUAAAUCUCAUUCCCAAUUGUGCUGUAUGAAAUAAUCCCAUUUAGAAAAACGAAUAUUAAAGUCCAGCUCCAGUGCUUAUUUUUAGAAUGUGGGAACACAAACAAGCCAAUGAGGCUUGCAUUUCAACUCAGUGCCUUCAUUAAAAUUUUAAGAACAUUUUUUGAGAGUUGAGUGUUUUUGCUCUUACUUUGGGAAUACCAAGGUAUUUCUCUUGAAGUUGAAUUGUCACUUAAUUCAUGUCUUCAAUCAUCAAACAUAUUCUUUGAGUUAUUCUUCACAAGAAUUAAUCUACUCUUGAAUUAAUUUGGUGGACUUGUUCCAAUAAUAACCUACCGGCAAUAAAAUAUAACAGUCUAUAGCCAUAUGACUGUGGUCCAAACUUGGUGAGUCAAAAAAUCAGCUUGUAUUUGUAGUGCUCUCUGUCAACUUCUACUGAUUUCCAUACGCUAUCAAUAUGAGUUCAAGAAGCAUCCAUAUCUUACAGAAGUUAUUUUCCAAUUAUCUGAUUCCAGAAUGCGCUCAACAACAUCGAAGUUCUUUUUCUUCAUUUAUUACUGUAGACUGAACCCAGAUUCAGGGACUUAUGAGGCAUUUUUUAUCCAUAUCAUAAACUAUUUUAACUUACACAGAGCAAUAAUUAGACUAUAAUUAGCAAUAGACAGGUAAUUAUUGAACUAUUGAUAAUUUUGUAGCUUUAUCAUUGAUCAAUCAUUUGUACAUCAGUAUAAUUUAAGUGCUAUUUGAAAAUAAUUAUUAUUAAAACUCA